GUUAUAUCCUUAGACACCAUGCCUACUUGGUUUCUCACAGGCGCAUCACGCGGCAUCGGCCUUGAAUCCACGCGCCAGCUGCUACAAAACCCAGAUAACACUGUCUUCGCGUCUUGUCGCUCGCCCUCAACGGCUAGUGAGCUUCAAGCGCUCGCGGAUACAGCGCAAGGCACACUGUACAUCGUUGAGAUAGACGCUGCCAGCCAAGAAAGCAUCCAGCGCGGAACAGCGGAGGUGCUCGAGCUUCUUGACGGACGGGGCCUGGACUAUACGUUCAACAAUGCCGCCAUGAACGUAGGCGGUGAUGUCGCCUUUGACUUCGAUCCUCAGGACCUGCGGACCACUAUGGAACUUAACGUUAUUGGCCCUGCACUCAUCUCGCGCUACUUGCUACCGGCGAUCGAGAAGAGCGACCGGCGCGUGAUCAUGAAUAUGACUACCGGUCUCGCGAGUAUCGCGAGCGACCACGGACCCAAGUGCGCGAGCUAUAGUAUUAGCAAGGCCGCUGUUAACAUGCUUACGUACAAGCAGUCGCGCGAGCGCCCGGAUAUCAUUGCGUUUGUCGUGGAUCCUGGCUGGGUGAAGACGACUAUGGGUGGUGAAGGGGCGAUGCUGGAGGUUGAAGAUGCAGUGGCGUCGGUGCUUAGUGUCAUUCAGAACGCAAGGCCGGAGCACUCGGGCAAAUUCUUGAACCGGCUGGGUAGUGAGAUUCCGUGGUGA